UAUUCAUCGAUGGUGAAUGUUCACAGAAGUGACAUCUCCGAUCAAAAACUGUUCAGAGAUACAUUUUCACUUUAGAAAUAAUAAUAUAUCUAUGUCGGUAUAUAUUAUGCUUUCUGUGAUUUCCGCCCAGCGCCGUUUCUAAGGCAAUUGAAACAUAGAUUAUUUUAAAAAUGUCAACGUUCAGCUGAAGUUCCAACUGAUAAAUAAAAUGAACCGGUUUUCUCGAUCUUGCAAUGAGAGUUAUCAGCUUUGUUUUUGUGCGUUUCAAGAAUCGAAAAAACAUUCGUUCAAUCCUUCUGUUUAUAAAGUUGUAUUUAGGUUCUUAUUGAUAUCGAUUGCUGACACAACUGUGGUUCUCCAUCUCCAGGAGCUGGAAUUACUAUUCCUGAUAAAAUACAAUAUGGCUGAGACAAGUGUGUUAGUCCAUCUCAAGAAGCUGAUAUUACUAUUCUUGAUGAAGAACAAAAUGGUAAGCUUCCUUGGGAUGAGUGAUAUGGCCGUGAAAGAAUUUCACACUCGAGCAAACGCGAACAACGUUCGGUGAUUUUAAUUGGGUAAAUAAGACCAGAUUUAUUGGACGAAAUCGUUGAGGAAGACACAUCAUCCAGGCUUGGAUAAAGAAUAUUCAAGCCCAAGCUACAAUGACAAAGUAUGGCCUGCCAAAGGAGGAAUGGCCAACACUGGCGAGAGGAACAUGAACGCUCUGCCAGAAGUUGCAACUAUCGGUUCAAUGGCGGUCCCGAUAUCCUCGAAUCGCUUCGAACCUUAUUUUGACGCCCUUGUCCCACAAAACGUAACUGCUCUGGUGGGAAAAUCAGCAUACUUGACAUGCAGAGUCAGGAACCUCGGCAACAAAACGGUAUCCUGGAUACGACACAGGGAUAUACACAUAUUAACUGUGGGCAGUUACACCUAUACCAGCGACCAAAGGUUCCAGGCGAAUCAUCACGCAGAGACUGACGAGUGGACUUUGCAAAUUAAGUGGGCUCAAAAGCGUGAUGCAGGAAUCUAUGAAUGUCAAAUUAGCACUCAGCCUGUGAGGAGUUACUUCGUUAAUUUGGAGGUUGUAGAAAAUCCUGUGGAAGAACAGGCCUACCAGGAUGAAGAAGCCAAAAUAAUGGUCGAAAAACCUUGUAUAUGCACAUGCAAAAAGAGGGAUUGGCCACCUGAUGCAGUGCCGACAGCACAAAUUCUGGGCGGACCGGACCUUCACGUGGACAAAGGAAGCACCAUCAAUCUCACUUGCUCCAUCCGAUUCAGUCCCGAACCACCAGCUUACAUAUUCUGGUAUCAUCAUGACGACGUUAUCAGCUACGAUUCAACGCGUGGAGGGGUGAGCGUAAUCACCGAAAAAGGUGAUGUCACAACUAGUUUCCUCCUGAUCCAACAUGCAGACAUUUCGGACUCCGGAAAGUAUUCAUGUAGUCCAUCCAACGCAGAUGUCGCCAGCGUUAGAGUUCACGUACUAAAUGGAGAGAGGCCAGCAGCCAUGCAGACCGGAUCGGCAGGUCUAUCCAACAGCUCCCUGAACAUCCUAAUCCUCAUGAUCUUGUCCUAUCUGUGCUCGUCGUGGUACCUGGAGAUAUCCGAUACGACAAGCCUCAGUUUCUUAUCGUCUUUGAGCAGGUAGCUACCAGUGGACGUGGUGAGUAGUCAACAGUGCUAAUUUGCUGAAACCGAGGAGCUUGAUCAUUAACGAAGAAGAUGUUUUGUGUACAUAGAAGGGGGAAAAUUUAUUAUUAUCUCAGCGUCUUGGUAGUCGACCUGUUAUGUGUAAAUAAAUUUGAAGUGCUUUGUAUAUGUUCGAUUGUGAUCGAAGAUUAUUAGAUGUGUGAUCAGUAUAGGUGCUGGAAGGAUAUUUUCGAUGCGGGGCUGUAUUCGGAGUGAUAAACGUUUAAGUGUUGAAAAUUUUAAGGAUGGAUAUAGGAUAUAUUUAUUGUUGAAUGUUGGCUUUUUCUCGAGCAGCAUAUAUAGAACACUUCGAACUACGUUGAUCACAUUAAGAUUCACGAAAUAAUAAAUGUAAAUAUUCAUUGGAAACCUGAUAAGGGUAUUAAUUCAAUCAUAUUAAAUGAUAAGUUAUAUAAUCAAAUGUAGAUUCCACUCUAAAUAAAAUGAUUAUUGUCAUUA